AGUUUAGGUUAUUAGUUGGCUAGUUGCGCGCCGUGGAUUACCUGAGAAGAGGGCGAGGCUAAAACUAACCGAAAUCAACGCUUUUCACCUCUAAUAAAUUACACUUAGUUGCAAAAGAUGGCUGAAGAAUUUGAUCAAGGAGCCUAUGGAAAUUAUGGAAAUAUUAUAGAAGAGUUACAGCCCCGUUUGACAGACUUAAAAGACAAUGCUGAGGACGAAAACCAUACAUAUAACGAUCAACAAGACUUGUCGCAUUCUCGUGAAUGGAAAGCGGAAGAGAAGGAAGAAGGUGCAAACCAAAACACAGAAUAUAUUGAAGACGUUGACAGGCCUGUUGUAGAACUCUUUGUAAAGGCUGGCUGCGAUAAGAAGAAAAAUGGAAACUGUCCUAUAUGCCACCGAUACUUUAUGAUGUUUUAUCUAUUACGUGAAGAGGGUCAGAUCGACCUGGUUGUUACAACGUUCUUACCAAGAGAUCCGCCACCAGAAGUGAAAAAUAUUUCUUCCGGUAAACAGUAUCCCAUUGUCAAAGUCCAUAGAGGAACAACGUUGAAUGGUAGCGAUAUUGGAGGGGAAGUUUGCGAUAAUACCGACGAAAUCGAUGCACUAAUUGAAAAAUUCGAUUCUGCAUUAAUGCCAAGCACAACGAUUCAAAAGAGGCAGAUAGCAGAUAAGGAACAUUCCGAAUUGGCAGAGCGUGAAAAGAAGGCGGAGUUGGCCUUUCAAAACUUGUACAAUUCCUUUAAUUUAUUCCUGAAGGAUAAAAAAGAUAAUGUUACAAAAUUGCUGAUAAAUUUAAAAACGCUGAACGAUUUCCUAGCAAGAAAUCAACGGAAAUUUCUUAUAUUAGAUACUCUAGCAAAAGCUGACUGCUAUCUUUUGCCUCUGCUUCAACAUAUCAAAGUAGCUGGAAAAGCUUAUAAAGAUUUCGUUAUACCCAACGAUUUUGACGCCAUCUGGAGGUAUCUUACCGAAGCUUACGAGACAGAAGCUUUCAAAGAAUCUUGUCCUGCCGAUAGAGAAAUUAUUUUACUCUACUCCGAAAAGGCAUCUUGUAAACCUAACGUUCCGAAUAGGAGAGCUGAACUUAUGGACGAAAUGAGAGAUUUUACUACUCCCUCCUUGUAAGAAAAAAAGAAAUUAAAAAAAAAAACAUGGCUUUAUGAAAAUCCAUAUUUAAAUAGGAAGCCGAAAAUCAUAUCGAUUAGUAAUUAUAUAUAUAUGAAUAUAUAUAUAUAUAUAUAUAUAUAUAUAUAUGUAUGAAAAGACCUUUGAAAAUUAUGAUUGUGAUAGUACAAAAAUGAUAUUGCUACGUUCUUGUUAUGUGCUUUACCAUUACAAAAUGUUUUUUUUUUUUAUAUAUUUGAUUUAAUUUCUCUCAUCAUGUUUUCUUACCCUUCCUCCCUCCCCCUCCCUCCUUCCCCCCCUACGCCAUCAUAGUUUUUAUUUGUUAUUAUUAUUAUCAUGGCUAUAUUUUGAAUUAUUUAUAUACUAUUAUUAUUUCUUUAGAGUUUCCAAUCAAAUAUCGGACCAUUUACAACAAUCUAUAAAUAGAUAUAUGUAUUUACAUAUUAAUGUACAUAUAUAUUCUCAGUCAGAAGUAUUUAAAAUGAAAGAAACCAUCUUUUUGUUUUUAUGCUAAGUUUCCAUGUUUUUUUUUUAUUUUUUUUAUUUUAUUUUAUAUUUCCUUCUUCUGCAAAGAAAAAAAAAUUUAUAUUUAUAUAUUACAACCGUUGCUAGCUAACAAAACAAUGAAAAACUGUUAGUCGUCUUAUCUAAGGCGGAUAAGUACUGUUAUUCUUAUCAAGCUGAUAAGAGCAUACUAUAAUUUAUGCGUUUAGUGGAACUACUUCAUAUUUACCAUAAGGCGUUUGUAAAUUUACUUUAGUUCAGUUAAAUUGUGACAACGGUGUGAAAAUUUUGCAAAAAAUAAAAUCGAUAAUAGUAUAAAAAAGGAGAAUUGAAUAGGGCCCCCCUUUUCGCAUUUCCUUAAAUUAUUCUAUUAUGCCAAAAUGCCUUUACGUAGCUUUUCUCACUCGGAGGGUAACUGCGCCAACAAUUAUCAAUAAAUAGAUAAUAAACACUUUUUAAAGCUAAAUAUAAUGUUUAUUUAUAUCAAUACUCGUUUUUCUUCGUAUGUUUCCCCUUUUAUGUCUCGUAUAAUAUAAUGAGAAUUAUUUACAAAUAGUACAUGUCUAUAAAGCUUUUAUUAUUAUUAUUAUUAUUAUUGCAG